CCGAUCGCUGAUCGCGUUGGACGGACACACAGCUGUGCUUGGCGGAGACCGUAACAAUGUCAGCGGGGGGGCCGGAUGUUUUUUAUGACCUGUCUGACCUGGAGUAUAAUGAGAGUGAUUACAACUACACUGGCAGCGAUACAUGUUGCCUUGGUGUUGUGUGCACAAUGGAGAACAGCAUGCGGUUUGAGGCCGUGUUCAUCCCGAUUCUGUACUCGCUGGCGCUGGUUCUGGGCCUGCUGGGGAACGGGCUGGUGCUGGGGGUUCUGUGCCAGCUACGGAGGAGCUGGAGCGUGACCGACACCUUCAUCCUGCACCUGACGGUGGCCGACACCCUGCUGCUUCUCACUCUGCCCUUCUGGGCUGUAGAGGCUGCUCAGGGCUGGAGCUUCGGCAAGCCACUGUGCAAGCUGAUGGGAGCCAUCUUCAAGAUAAACUUCUACUGCGGGAUCUUCCUGCUUGCCUGCAUCAGUCUGGACCGCUACCUGUCCAUUGUCCACGCUGUUCAGAUGUACUCCCGUCGCAAGCCCUGGGCGGUGCAGGCUAGCUGUCUGUGCGUGUGGAUCUUCUGCCUCCUGCUCUCCAUCCCUGACUGGGUCUUCCUGGAGCCUGUAGCGGAACCAAGAAGAGGGGGCAAAGAGGAGUGCACUCACAACUACCUGAAGUUCAACACCAGUGCUAAGGACUGGCGCAUGGCCUCCCGCCUCCUCUACCACGUCGUGGGAUUCGUCCUCCCCUCCCUGGUCAUGGUCUUCUGCUACUCCUGCAUCCUGCUGCGUCUGAACAGGGGCUCCCAGGGGCCACAGAAGCAGAAGGCCAUCAGGGUGAUCCUGGCGCUGGUGGUGGUCUUCUUCGUCAGCUGGACGCCGUUCAACAUCACCCUGAUCGCGGACACGCUCCGCUCCAACCACACCGCCAACCUCACGUGCGGGAGCACCAACGCCUUGGAUGUGUCCCUGACGGUCACCUCCACCCUGGGCUACCUGCACUGCUGCAUGAACCCCGUGCUUUACGCCUUUGUGGGCGUCAAGUUCCGGCGCCACCUGCUGGAGAUGCUGAGGGUGCUGGGCUGCAAGCUGAAGAGCCAGGUGAGGCCGGCUGCGCGGAAGAGCUCGAUGUGGUCGGAGUCCGGGGACACCACCUACACCUCCGGCUUCUGAGGAAAGGGCGCUGCACAGACACAACCCAACACCCCCCCACCCCCCACCCUGCAUCAGCAGCGGGCUCACGGCGUUACGUGGAAAUGUCUGGCUUUUGGUGACUUCAUGCAAACGAGGAAACGAGAGAGACAGUGAGUAAAAUUGCCAAAGACAGGGCUGAGUUACAGAGGGAAGUAAGUCCAGGGAUAGUGGAAAGAUGCAUUACAGAAAAGAAGGUUCAGAGAGUUAGCCACAGGAGAGACAUUUCGUUUCUUACUUCAAUGUAUAGAUCCACUGUGUAGAAAACAGACUGUUUAAAUGUGGUGAAAGACACUUAAACAGGAUGUGUGUCAAUGUGUGACAGUGCCUUUGUCAAAAUCAUGUUCCUUUGUUUUCCAAAACAUGCAACAUUCUAAAACUAUUUUGAAUAACUCAUGUCAUAUUUGC